UACUUUGGCUUGAUAAGCGGAAGGGAGGUAAGAAGAAGGAGAGAAGCCGCGGGCGCUGCCGUCCUUGCUGUCGUCGUCUUCUUGGACUUUCAUUGGCUAUGAGUCCGGCCCAAAAGCCGCCGCUGUCGCGGUCUUCCCGCAAUAGCCGAGCGCCUCCUCAACAGCAGCGCAGGGGACUCUUGACUGAGAUUCGGACGCCCCUUCUCACCGAGCCCUUCGAGGCCCGCUAUACCCUCAGCCCCGGCCGCGAACUCGGCAGGGGGAAAUUUGCAGUAGUAAGGAAAUGUAUAAACAAAGAGACUGAAAAAGAGUUUGCGGCAAAGUUCAUGAGGAAAAGAAGAAAAGGCCAAGACUGUCGAAUGGACAUAAUUCAUGAGAUUGCAGUCCUGGAAUUAGCACAAUGCAAUCGAUGGGUUAUUAACUUGCAUGAAGUAUAUGAGACGCCAACAGAAAUUAUUUUGGUUUUGGAAUAUGCUGCUGGUGGAGAAAUCUUUGACCAGUGUGUAGCUGAAAGAGAAGAUGCCUUCAAGGAAAAAGAUGUUAAGCAUCUCAUGAGGCAGAUUUUAGAAGGAGUUUCCUUUUUACAUCAAAAUAAUGUAGUUCAUCUUGACUUGAAGCCGCAAAACAUUUUGUUAACUUGUGAAUCGCCAUUGGGAGAAAUUCGGAUAGUUGACUUUGGACUUUCCAGAGUAAUGAAAAAUAAUGAAGAACUAAGAGAAAUUAUGGGAACACCUGAAUAUGUUGCUCCAGAAAUUCUAAACUAUGAUCCAAUCAGCACUGCAACAGAUAUGUGGAGCAUUGGAGUGUUAACAUAUGUCAUGCUAACAGGAGUGUCACCAUUUUUGGGGAAUGAUAAACAAGAAACAUUCUUAAAUGUAUCUCAGAUAAAUGUAAAUUACUCUGAAGAUUUUGAUCUUGUAUCUGAAUAUGCAGUAGAUUUCAUCAAAUCUCUUUUGAUUAAAAAACCUGAGAAACGGGCAACUGCAGAAGAAUGUUUGCUGCAUUCUUGGCUGGCUCAAACUGAUAUUCCUGAUAAAAUACGCUGUAUUAAAAACACAGAAGAUGAAACAAAUGCCAUUAUUGUAAAUGAAGUCUCUACAUCUGAAAAUUCUAGAAAUGGAGAAAAAACAGAAGAACCAGUAGUAAAAGAAGAGCUUAUUUUAAUGGCUUCCUAUACACUGGGUCAAUGCAGGCAAUCAAAAAAAGAUAAAAUUGUUACACACAAAACUAUUUCAAAAUUAUUUAAAUUUAAGGAACCAUUUCUCCAUGAAAUACCUGGAGUUUACUGAAAAUACUGAAUACCUGCAAUUUAUUGAAUUGCAGCUUGUUUCUACUUUGAGCCCUAACUUGCCUGAUUGGCUCUUUUCUUUUAGAUCAAUUAUGUACAGCCAAAUAACAUUCAUAUAAAAAUUGUAAAGUAGAAGGAAAAUAUUAAAAAAUCAUCUGCCAAACACCUUAAUAUUCUAUGGAAUUGAUAAUAUUGGAAAUACUUAAUAUAGAAAAAAGUUGAAACAUUAGUUUAUUUUAAAAUAUCCAAUACAUGUAAAGCAUUGUUUUAGAUGUUCUGUUCAAUUACGUAUUCAUGGUAGAUAUUUCAGUUGCCUGAAUAAAACUGAUGUAUUUUUUCAGGUGCAUAAAAUAGCUAGUUAGAAUUUGAAUACUAGUAUAUAAGUUUCCAGAUUUCAUAAUUUAAUAUUAUUUCUGAUAAAUACCUCUAUCUGUACUCCUAACUUUAAUUUUAAUGUUUGUCAUUGGGAAAAGAAGUUUUUUUGAAAUAUGUAUAUUAGUUUUGGUAUUUAAUUUAUAUACUUAUCAUUUGGGACCAAUAAUGCUGUUCUUCAGUUAUUAGGGAAAAAUGCAAAGUAUUUUUAGUUUCUAAUAUGUUCAGAUAGACUUGUAUCUAAUUUGGCCAGUGGGCUUUUACUGAUCCUAUUUUUAGCUUUGCUCCUAAAUUUAUUUUAUUUCAACACUCCUAGUUUAUCAAGAUGUUUUGUCUUCUUUAAAAAAAUUGAUCACAGAAAUAUAUAUAUCUUACUAUUUUGCAGAUUUUUUCUUCUACUUAUAAAAGGAUAGCUGUGCUAUAACUCAAAGAAUGAAAGACCCCUAGAAACCUACUUAUUUGCAGAAUGUACAUCAUGCAGUUUAUCUAUCAUCAUUUGUUUGCUUCUUAAAAUUUAUAUUCUACAUUCAUGAAAAGUGCUUUAUUUCUAAUAGAUUCAGAACCAUAUUUAGACUGUAGGAUUCAAAUAGAAUAAUUUGAUUAAUUUUCUGUAAAAUUUCAACAUUAGUGCACUAGAAAACUUGAAGAAAUGUUCAGUAUGAAGCUAGUAUAUUAAUUUAUAUUAAGUAUAAAUGCAAGUUUCUGACUCCAUACUUCUUUAUAAGGAAUUGUGAGGCUCUAGCAAUGCUUCUCACAAGUUAAAAAUGGAAUUUCAAGGAAACAUUGAUUUGGUGCUUAUUAUUAAUUAAUACAAUAUUUGUGUUUGUGUCUUUUCAUAUUUCAAUUCAGGUGCAUUCUUAAUAUAUAUAUAUUUUUCUUAGCUCGUAGUUGUAAAUCUGAAAAAACUAAAGGGUUUUACAAUUAUGAGUUACCUAUACAGAAUGAAACCAUGAUUUAUUGUAACUGGAUAAAGAGGAUGUCUGUUAUUUUCAAUUGCAUAUUAAAUUGGACACUAUGUCAUCCACAACAAGAUCAUUACACAAGUGAUGUGAAUUAUGUUAUUUGUAUUAUUUUUGUUACUGUAUGAUUAUA